CCAAAGGUCACUCUCUUCUUCCUUUCACACUAUUCCACUUCCCCUUCUCUAUAUCUCUCUCUCUUACUGACUCAGACUCUCUCUCUAUGAAGAACCAGUCUCACUAUUCACACUCCGCUUCUUUCUCUUCUUCUUCAACCAACAACCCCAUCCUCUGCUCUCUCUAGUCUUCCUCAAUAUAAACCCGUUUUCCCUUCCCACCCAAGAAACCGGGUCACCAGCCAUCAUCCGGGCAAAGUCCGAACCCGACUCUCCGGCGACCAUGGAGAAGAAGCAAGGUUUCUUCUCUGCUCUCAAAGACGAGGUCGUCCGCGGCCUCAGCCCAUCCCGUUCACGCGCCACCAGCCCCGCCCGCUCCGGCUCCCCCAUGUCGGGUCUGCUCCGCCGCAAGAAGCACAGCAACCACGCCCAGCUGGCGGCGCUGCAGCCGGAGGCCCUGAUCGGGAGAUCCGGGAGCCUGAGGCCGGUCAUGGAGGGCCCGGAUCCGGACGGCGGGGAAAUCGGGGAGUCGAAGCGGGUCGGGUCGGGUCUGGGCCAGUGGAUGCGCGGGCAACUCUCCCGGGCUCCUUCGGUGAGUUCAGUAGCGCAGAACAACCGGAGGUCUGAUCUGAGACUCCUUCUCGGAGUCAUGGGAGCUCCACUCGCCCCACUCCACGUCAGCACCUCCGACCCUCUCCCUCACCUUAGCAUCAAGGACACUCCCAUUGAAACUUCGUCUGCCCAGUACAUAUUGCAACAGUACACAGCGGCAUCUGGUGGGCAGAAGCUGCAGAACUCGAUUAAAAAUGCUUAUGCAAUGGGAAAGGUUAGGAUGGUAGCUUCAGAGUUUGAAACUGCCACCAAGGUGAUGAAGACCAGAAACGCAUCUAGAAGUGCAGAGUCGGGUGGGUUUGUGCUCUGGCAGAUGAAUCCGGACAUGUGGUAUGUGGAGCUUGCAGUUGGGGGCAGCAAAGUUCAUGCUGGCUGCAAUGGGAAGCUCGUUUGGAGACACACACCAUGGCAAGGUGCACAUACUGCAAAAGGGCCAGUGAGACCCCUGCGUCGUGCACUUCAGGGUCUUGAUCCAAGAUCUACAGCUAGUAUGUUUGCCGACGCCAGAUGUAUUGGAGAAAGAAAGGUCAAUGGGGAGGAUUGCUUCAUCCUCAAGCUCUGUGCUGAUCCUCUAACUCUGAAGGCCAGGAGUGAAGGCCCUGCGGAAAUAAUUAGGCAUGUGUUGUUUGGCUACUUCAGCCAGAAGACGGGACUUCUUGUUCACAUGGAGGACUCUCAUUUGACCCGCAUUCAGUCCAAUGGCGGUGAUGCUGUUUACUGGGAAACCACAAUCAAUUCAUUCCUUGAUGAUUACAGACCUGUUGAGGGAAUCAUGAUUGCGCACUCUGGGCGUUCUGUGGUUACCCUUUUCAGGUUUGGUGAGAUGGCAAUGAGCCAUACCAAAACAAAGAUGGAAGAAGCUUGGACGAUUGAAGAGGUAGCAUUUAAUGUUCCAGGCUUGUCAAUGGACUGCUUCAUUCCCCCAGCUGACUUGAGAUCUGAGACAAUAAUGAGUGAAGCUUGCGAACUUCCUCAUGAUGAAAGAGGAAAGGGUGGCGGAAUUGCUGCAGCAGUACAUCGGGCUAAAGUAGCUGCGUUGGAGAAAGAGCAUAGUGCUAAUGGCGACAGCAUGAGCUGGAAGAUGGAAAUCUAACAGGAGGCAAAGCAGUCGAUUAGGCAAUUGUUUAUACUGGUAGCAAGUUUUAAUCAGCUAACACCGUAGAAGUUACAAAGUAGGAGUUGCGUCGUGUUUUUGGACGUUGGUUUAUGCCUCUCAAUCUGUAAAUAGAGCAUAAUCAUUCACAGGUUUCACCUGGCCUGGGCGAAUUAUUAUACUCUCAAUGCAGAAUCCAACAAAGGUGUUGGAGCUUGAUUUUCCAGAUGGGGAUAGAGCAAAUGGAGGUUCAGUUUUAGUUUACCUUCUGUGGACGAGUCGGUAGGUGGUGAAGCUUCGGUACAGCAGAGCCAUUAACCAUGGAUAAAUUCCGCUAAUUCUCUUCCAUGAAUUCAGGAGUGGCGGUGUCAAGGAAACUGUCACUUUCUGGCAUGAAUCUAUAGCAGCCUAAUGCCUUUUAGUUUGUUAGUUCUUACUGUUUUUGGGUGUGUUAGUCUUAUGUGGUUUGGUUGAUGCAAAAGUUUUCUGAAUUUGUAAGAAAAACAAAUGGUUUUCUAGGUCUGAAGAAUAGGGCAGGGUAAAACAGAGGACAUACUGGAAUUUUAUUCUCCUCUUUUAACUGGUGUAACCAAUAUAUCUGAAGUAUGGGUUGUAUUCUGGCAAUUUUUUUCCAGUGUCCCCAUCAGGUAUUGAAUGCUCAUGAGUCAUGAAUAUAGUUAAUCAUGAUUCCCUCCUUUCU